CCAAAAGUCCAAAACAUUGAACCUAAAACAAACUUUUCCCAUACACUACUUUCUCUAUAUAUGUAAAACAUAUAUUAUAGAGUAUAGUUCUAUAAUAAUGUCUUGCAAUAAUCAUGAAAUUAUAGUUGUUGUUGUCCCAUUUCCAGCACAAGGUCAUCUAAAUCAACUUCUUCAUCUAUGUAAACUCAUUGCAUCACACAACAUACAAGUCCAUUAUGUUACAACCAUGACACACACUCAUCAAGCUAAACUAAGAGUUCAUGAUCCAUUUUCAUUCAUCAACAACAACAACAACAACAUCAUCCAUUUUCAUGAACUAUCAACACCAUUCUUCAAAUCGCCUCCUCCUAACCCCGAUUCCUCCAUCAAAUUCCCUAGUCAUCUUCAACCCUCGUUCGAGUCAUCUUCUCAUCUUCGCAAGCCCAUGUCAAGAAUCCUACGCGCCCUGUCAUCUAAGGCGCGUAGGGUAGUCGUCAUCCACGACUCAUUAAUGGGGUAUGUUGUCCAAGAUUUUGUACACUUGAGUAAUGCUGAGGCUUAUGCUUUCCAUAGUGUCUCAGCAUUCACAUUGUUGUUGUUCAUCUGGGAGAAUAUGGGAAGGCCUUUCGACAUCGAUGCGAGUUUAUUGAAAGAUGUUCCAUCACUUGAAGAUUGUUUUAGUCCUGAAUUUGAGAAGUAUAUAAAGUUACAAUAUGAUUAUAUGAAGUUUAAUUCCGGUAAGAUUUAUAAUACAUGUAGAGUUAUUGAAGGUCCUUUUCUUGAUUUGUUGUCAAAGGAACAAAUCAGUAAUAACAAGAAGCAAUGGGCACUUGGACCAUUCAAUCCUGUUUUAGUACAACAUGGGACCAGAAGUUGUCAGUAUAAGCAACAUAAAUGUCUGGUUUGGCUCGACGAACACGAGCCAAACUCAGUUGUGUUCGUGUCAUUUGGGACCACGACUACAUUCUCCGAUGAUCAGAUCAAGGAGAUUGCGAUCGGGUUGGAGAAGAGCGAGGUGAAGUUUGUUUGGGUGUUAAGGGACGCGGAUAAAGGGAAUGUCUUCGCCAAGGAUCAUCAGUCGAGAAAGAUCGAAUUGCCAAAAGGGUUCGAGGAGAGAGUUAAAGGAAAGGGGAUCGUGUUGAGAGAUUGGGCGCCACAGUUGGAAAUCCUGGCACAUUCAUCUGUCGGCGGUUUCAUGAGUCACUGUGGAUGGAAUUCCUGCAUGGAGAGCAUCUCCAUGGGGGUGCCAAUAGCCGCGUGGCCAAUGCAUUCGGAUCAACCACGUAACACUGUAUUGGUCACCAAGAUUUUGAAAGUUGGCCUAGUCGUCAAGGAGUGGACGCGUAGGCAUGAGGUGGUGACACGUGGCGUGGUCCAAGCCGCAGUCGAAAAGUUGAUGGUGUCUAAAGAAGGGGAGGAAAUGAGGCACAGAGCAAUGGAUUUGAGUGCAGCUCUUAAGAAAUCAGUUGCAGAAAGUGGCAUUAAGAAUAUGGAGUUGGACUCAUUCAUUUCUCACAUAACAAGACAAAUUUAAUCAAUCUGCUACGUCGCUCGGACUCUUAAAAAUGUCGACCAGAUGCAUGUCGGAAGAUCUGACACGGGUGCGAGUGCGACAACAUUUUUGAAGAGUCGGAGCGACAUUGGAUCAUUGGAUCAAUCUAUGUACUAUCACCAUUCCAAUUGUUGUCAGUUGUGCCACAAGGGCGUUAAUCUACAUACAUUCAGUAAUGCAUGUUGUAGCAGCUCAUCUGUCUUAUUUUUCAGAUUAUUAAUCUCAUUUAUUACAGACGUUUACGUUCUGUAGUAUCUUUUAGAUGAUCUGACUGUCUAAAAUCAACGGUCAAGAUCUUUCCAUGUGUCAUCAAUAUUAGAGAAGUGACAUUAUGGUCCCAUAAGUUGGAUAAGAAGUUUAAAAAUAGUUCCAAAAGGAAAGAAAAAAGAAGUUGUAGCACACCUUUUUGGAAAGUUAUUUUAUAUCAAUGAUUGAUUAAGCAAAUGGAUAUAUAUAAAUUAAUUAUUUUAUGAGAGUAAUUAUGUUCAAUUAA